AUGGUACGUUCAUUAUUAUUUGCAUUACUAUCUGUUGCUGGGCUUGUUGCUGGUGAUGCCGCUGACUUAGUAGGUACAUGGUCUUCCAAGUCUAACCAAGUGUUCACUGGGCCUGGUUUUUACGAUCCUAUAGACGAGCUACUGAUUGAGCCAGCUCUGCCGGGUAUCUCUUACUCGUUCACAGAAGACGGUUGGUUUGAAGAGGCAUCUUACCAAGUAUCCGGUAACCCUAAGAACCCUGCUUGUCCGAAGGCAUCUUUAAUCUACCAACACGGUAAAUUUGAACUACUGGACAAUGGUACUUUGAUUUUACACCCUAUUGAAGUAGAUGGAAGACAGCUUUUCAGUGACCCAUGUUCUGAUAAUGGCAUUUCAACCUACACCAGAUACAACCAAACUGAGGUAUUUAAAAGUUUUGAGACUUUCAUCGAUCCUUACCAUGGUGUUUACACUUUACAAUUAUAUCAGUUUAAUGGCGCUCCACUGCCACCACUAUAUUUGGCAUAUAGACCACCAAUGAUGCUACCAACAGAGACUUUAAACCCAACUGAUGGUAGCACUGGUAGCCAUCCAACAGGCUCAUCAGAAUCAGAAUCCCAAGAAUCUGAUGAUACUUCUAAGAGGUCUUUACUGAAGAAGAGAUCCUUACGUGAGCAUGUCAAGAGAAGUUUGGAGAACAGAUAUAAAACUAAUGCUGUCAAGAAGAGCGAUUCCAUAUUUAACGCUGCUUUUGUAUGGUACACUUCAUUUUUCUUAGUCGGUGCUGGCUCCCUCAUCUUCAUUAGCUCUUAA